AUGUCUGCAAACGAUUUCUAUAACCAGGGUAAUAAUUCCCAAUACAACGGCCAAUACAACAAGCAACUAGGCCAACAAGGCCAACAGCAGCAGGGCGAGAACGGUGAAAGAGGCUUGAUGUCUACCCUCGUUGGUGGUGCUGCCGGUGGCUUUGCUGGUAACAAGCUCGGUGGUAACAAUCACUCCAAACUUGGUUCCAUUGCUGGCGCCCUCGUGGGUGCCAUCGGCGCCAACAAAAUCUCAGACAAGUUUGAGAACCACCAGCAACAGCAGCAGUACAACAACGGUGGUUAUAAUAAUGGUGGUUACAAUAAUGGUGGUUACAACAAUGGUGGUUACAAUAAUGGUGGUUAUAAUAACGGUGGUUAUAAUGGUGGUUACAAUAAUAGUGGUUACAACAAUGGUGGUUACAAUAACGGUGGUUACGGUGAUCCUGGUUGCAACCAAGACGGCCACCACGGCGGUCGUCACGGCGGUCGUCACGGUGAUCGUCAUAGUCACCACCAUGACCACCACCGUCACCACCAUGGCUGUUAAGAAAUAACAAUGACUCGAAAGCUCUUUUAACCUCUAUACUAGACAAUUGUUUUUACCUCUAACUGGCUCUUAUGGCAGUGGCUAUGCGUUAUUCCUCAAUGAAUAACUCGUAAACUAUGUAACUGGGAUUAGAGUUGGGCUAAUUAAAGACUUCGAUUGAUGGAGACGGGUACAAACUUAGGCAACCCUUGUCCCAUUAGAAUUUCAUAGACAUUACCAAAAGUCCUAAAGUACCCAGGAACGUCUCCGCAUCGGAGGUAUAUCCAUCUAAUUAUUUUACCUACAUACGAUCUAUCAAUGCCUAUGGCUAGAACAAG